UCAGAUCUCGCUUUGAACGGAACUCGACUAAGUUGCCUAAUUUCCCAGCGGGUCUUGAACGCAGCACGGUGGAGGUGGUUCGAAUCCCUGGGUGCCAGCGCCAGCGGUAGUAAAGCGCGACUAAAAACCCAAACAAACAUCGGCAGCGCUGUUGAUCCAGUUUGUUCCUGUGCACAUACUUGUUAACCAUCAGCAAGAAAGUGGAAACCUGCACUGAAACAUUCAGUGGGGGGCAAAAAAAACCAACAACCUACACUCAAAGAAGGAAAGGAAAUGCCUGCUCUAUCAGUUUGGAUGUAUGCUCUUUUUCAAUAUUCCUUUUCCCUCCUCGGAUUAGAAAAAUAAGUCGAUCAAUUUGUCUACAGGGUUUGUUUUUGGAGAAGUCUUCCUGUCGCUCAAGGACACUGAUUAAGGACUUUUGAACUGGUAUAUCUAUGAAAUCAGAGCUGAAUUCUCCAUCUACUUCAGUCAGAAAACUCCAGCUAGUUCAAUGGGCAUCUUUCAAAUGUGAUGGUAAAAGGUACAGGGAUAGAAAAGGCAUUAUGAUGCUUCAUUCAUCAGCUACUCAGUUUCAAUAACCAAAACUGAAAAUGACAGCAAUGUAACAUAGAGCUUUAUCUCCUUCAUUGUCAUGUGACUUUGAACCUUUACUCAUUUGUUUCUUCAAACUAAGACAGUCUUUUCAUCAGUUUAAUGAGUUGAGCAGUGGUUUUCAGUGAUCUCCAUUGCCAAUAAAAGACGCAUCUGGAUUAAUUUUUCUUUUUUUUUUUUUCCUUUUUUUUUUUUUUUCUUUGCGUGUGUUUAAGUAAAUCUUAAAAUGAUUCGGUAAAAGGUGGAUCGACUCAGACGCAUACUGGCACACAGUGUGGCAGUGCAACACCUGUCUCUUGUCCUCCAUCGGGUGUCAAAGUGGAACUGCUUCAUUACUGCUGUCCAUGAUUCAGGUCGGACAAUUUUUACAGACUGUUUUCUUAUAUUGAAAAUAACACAGCCUGACUUUGCUUCACCACUGGGACAAAUCACCAUUUACACUAUUCAGCAUUAAGUACAGUUAGUUUUUGAGUCUUACCCUUAACAAGAAAAGGAAAUGCUUCCAAAACAUUGAAGGAAUUAACCUGCCUGUGGAGAGUUACCCUGAUUGGAAACUACGAUUUACCAGAGGCGCGAUCAGCAAAAGAACCGCUUGGAUUCCUGUUGGAGGAGGAAACUUUUCCCUUACAGCCCUUGGUGUUUGUGCAUCACAAAUCUCCACUUUGCUCGGCCAGCUUUCUGGAUCACUAUUCCAGAUCAUUCCUGCAACCUUGUUGACUCGUCUCCAAGUGUUUCAACCUGGACGAAGGGAUCUGCCUCUGGAGAAAGGGGCUGCACUGUCCUGGUGGAGGUGGAGUGGGGGUUCUCGGUGGGCUGCUCCCCAUCCGUCAGUGGACACACACUGUCAUCAGCGCCAACAGGCCUGAGGAAUCGAGCCCAGCCAGACCAAGAGAGGAGGCAGAGGACUUCAGAGCCACAGACUCUGGGAUCCUGGCCAUGAGGUUUGAUGCCUCGAUCCACUGACCGGAAACACUGGACCUAAAUGGCGCAGCAUGACUUUGUCCCUGCCUGGCUUAACUUCUCCACACCCCAGCCUGCCAAGUCCCCUGCUGCCAACCUUGACAAACAAGGGGAGCCACACCACCACAGAGACGCCAGGACUUCUGUAAGCCGCCGCCGCCACAACUCCUCUGAUGGUUUCUUCAACAACGGCUCCCUGCGUGCUCCAGCAGGGGAUGGAUGGCAGCAGCCUUCGCUGCUCCUGAGACAUGACUCCGUGGACUCGGGGGUGGCCAAGGGAGGGCACGGUGGGCUGGCCGGGGGCUCUUGUUGGAAAGAAACCCCCAGCUGGCAUGGGGCUCCACGGGGUGCACAGGACAGCCACCACCACCAGGGGCGCCAUCCCAAACGAGGAGGCGGCGACAGGGACAGGCAGGUGGGGCACCGGCAACGCAACGGCAACUUCCAUCCUCGCAAAGGAACCUCGUACCAGGACAAGUUUCCUAACGAGGAACGCAAGGACGGCAAGGACGACAAGCUGAAGUUUGUGGAGGAGGACUUUCCUUCCCUAAACCCUGAAACACCUGGAAAGCCUGGCACUCAGAUGCGAGCAGUCGCUCCCCAUGCUGGGGUGUGGGAAAAUCCACCCAGUGGCAAACAAAUGGUGUCCAAAAUGCUGGUGAUCAAGAAGGUUUCCAAGGAGGACACUAGCACAGCUUUCUCUGCAGGGUUUGCCACUGCUGGCUCCUUGCCCACCAAUGGCAGCAAAGCUCCCAUCACAGGCUCCAGUGUCUACAAGAACCUGGUCCCCAAGCCCGCCGUGGCCCCCACCAAAAGCACCCAAUGGAAAUCCGGUGGUCGAGAGAUCACAAAGUCUGGUCUCCACAUGCCAGGCCGGGAUUCAGUCUUCACCAGCCCCGUCUCUGCAGCCAAACCCAGCACCCCCGUCAGUGCACCACAGCACAACACACAGAAAGAGCACCCUUCCAGCACGACUCCCCCAAUAGAUAUUGCUCCGUCAAGACUCAAGUUGAUGCGUCGCGGUCCGGACCGUAAGAGCGAGUUUCUCCGAGCUCUGAAGGACGAAGGCACUGGGGAGCUGACGACCAGCAGCAGCCCAGGAACAUCCGGAGAGGGUGAAAGCAGUACCCCAGAGCCCAAACCCUACAGCGAGGAAGUCUGCCAUGAGAACGGUCUGUCCUACUCCCUCAGUGACUCCGACACUGAACACCUGUCCAGCUCACUGGAGGCAGAGCACAGGUUGCUGAAGGCCAUGGGCUGGCAGGAGUACCCAGAAAAUGAUGACAACUUCCUGCCUCUGACGGAGGACGAGCUGAGAGAGUUCCAGACUAAAACCGAACAGCUUAAGAGGAAUGGCAUGCAGAGGAAUGGUGUUCUUCCACGGACACGAGGUGUGACCCUGCACUUCACUCCCUGGAGGAGUGUGGCGGAGGCGCACGUGGAGGAGGGCUCCGAGUCCGAAACCAGUAGCAGCAGCCAGACCUCUGACGACGACGACUGCAUCAAAUCCUAACGUGGCUUUACGGAACAAAAAAUUUAAAAACAAAACAAAAAAAGAAGGAAAAAAAACAAACAAAAACAGCCAACAUCACAUCUCAGCAAGCAAUCCCCCUUUCUCUCUUAUUUUUGUUUUUCUAGAUCACCAUUUUGACUUCUUUUUUUUCUUUUCUUUUGGUUGUGUUUUUUGUCGUCAUUCUUGCACAAGGGAAAAACCAAUCAUAUCCCAGUGAAGGGGGAGAUUCCUGCUCUGCCAGACAUCAUUUUCCCUGUUUCCUCCUUCACUGCAGUCCCUGACGUCUUUUACACCCUCUCCCCCCUCCACACACACCGACACACACACGCACACACACACACAUCCUCAUCCUUUUUCUUCCUCGCUUUGUGGAACUGAAGUGUUCAUCAAGAAAAGAAGGGUAAAGAAUGCACACUUGAUUCUGCUUUAAACAGACUAACUCAUUUCAUUGAUGAUGCUGAUGACACAUUAUUAAUUAUGACAUUAAUAAAAAUUUGUUCCUGACAAGCUGAUAUGUUUCAAUAUGAA